AUGAGCAGCGCGGAGCCGCCGCUCGGCGCCGGGCCGCGGGCUCAGCCCGCCUGGCAGCGGGAGAUCCUGGAGCGCAAGCGGGCCAAGCUGGUGGGGGCGGGCGGCGAGCCCGAGCCGCCCGCCGGGGAGCGGCUGGUGGUGGCCGAGAGCCUGGGCCCGCUCCGCGAGAACCCCUUCAUGCGGCUGGAGAGCGAGCGCCGCCGGCUGCGGCAGGGGCGGCCCGGGCCCGGCGCGGCGGCGCGGCCGCUGCAGCAGCUGCUGGAGCUGUACAGCGCCGUGCCCGGGAUCCGCACCAUCCGCGCCGACAACAUCCUCAUCAUCGAGUCCCGCACCGACCCCGCCGCCUGCUUCGCCGCGGGGGACGCGCCGCCCGCCCGCCGCCGGGACCCGGCCGGCCCCGACCCGCUGCGGGAGCUGCUGGCCCGGCGCGGGGCCGCGCUCGCCGAGAUCCGCGCAGACCAGGUCGUCAUCUACGAGACGACCGAGCCGCCGGAGCCGCCCGAGGCGGCCGAGCCGGGCACCGUCAGCCGCCUCCUGGAGAAGUUCGGGCAGCGCCCGCGGGGCCGCCGCCGGCGCGGGGGGGACGCGCUGAGCGGGACCGGCGCCGGCGGGGCCGCGGCUCCUCCGCAGCCCGGAGCUGUCCCCGCGGGCCGCCCCGCGCCGCCCAAGGGGCCGCCAGUGCCAUCCGCCAGCCCUUCCCAUGCCAGAGCCAACGCCAGGAGGCCAAAGCCAGAGGAGGCCGAGGCGGCCGUGUCGCCCCUGCCCAGUGCCAGUCUGGCCCCCAGUGCCACCGGCGCCACUCAGCCGCUCUCCGCCUCAGCCCCCCGGGCCGGGGGCUCCUUCGAGAUCCACCCGGCCCCCAAGCCCGACUUGGCGGCCAUCCCAGCCCACGACCUGCAGGCUCAGGCUCUGGCCAAGCUGCGCCUGAAUUCACGCAAUUCCUUCCUGUUCGUGCCCCGCCGGGAGGGCGGCCCGGCUCGGCCCCCGGCCCACAUCGCCCGGCCGGGGCCACCGCCACCGCCCUCGGAGGAGAAGGCAGCGAAGGAGCCCCCGAGGGCUCCCGCCCCGGAGCAGGAGGAGCCCGCCGCUUCCCCACCGGCUCCUCUGGACCCGCUGGUACCUGUGACUUACAUCGAUGACAUUGUGGAGCCGGACAGUGGGGAGGUUUCUCCCAGGGCCGGCUCGACUGCGAGGACGGGGAGCUUGGAUCAGCCCGGAGGAGCUGGCCCUGACCUGGAGAUGGAGUUCUCCUCCGUGCCCCUCUACAGACCCCACUCUGCCCCCCACCAGAGGGGAGGCAGCACCUUCACUGUCGUGCCCAAAAGGAAGCCUGUUGCCUCGGGGCUGCAGACUCUCACUGAUGCCAGCGGAAGGCCGCAGCGGGAGGAAGAGGAUGAGGAGGAGGAGAGCAAAGGAAGGGGCAAAGCCAUGGAGAACGCUGAUGGGCCCCAGGUGGGGAUAGCCCAUAAAAAGCGCUACCCCUCGGUGAACGAGAUCGAAGUGAUCGGGGGGUACCUGUCCCUGGAGAGGUCCUGCAUGAGCAAGACGGGCUCCCGCCGCAAGAAGAUGAAGAUCUCCUUCAAUGAGACAAGUUUGCAGACUAUGUUUGAGUACCCCUCAGAGAGCUCCCUGGCAGAAGAGGAGGAGGAGGAGGAAGGCCACGCUUCGGAAACAGAGGAGGAAAAACCUUGCCCUUUUUACGUUCCACGCCCAAAUGGCACUUUGCAUCCCAGUACACCCAACUCAGCAGAUUUAUCCAGCUACACCCCAAAGCACUCCGUGAAGUUCAGCGAGUGGCAGGAGCAGAAGUAUGAGGGUCCUGCUGCAGAGGGACCCCUCCCAAAGGAAGCUGAUUCCCAUGGGAACCAAGACAUGCUCACCCCGGCAGAGAAGGGCGGGCUCUCGGAUUUCAGCAGCGAGCCCGCGCUCUAUUUCUGACGGAUUCAUCCCCGGUCCUGCAGCAGCAGCUGCUGGGCAGGACGUGUCAGUGCACCCGCCCCGGCCCCGGACGGCGCCCGCCGCCCUCCCGCCCCGCCGUGCGCUGGAUCCUGAUGCCAAGGGGGGACCAGAUGCUGUCGGGCAUCUCCGGAGAAAAUUUGCACUGGAUUUUGGGACCUAAUUGCUACUUUUGAGGCGUAUGAUUUAUUCUGCCUGUGGCCUUGCACAUUCCUUGUUCAAGAUCAGCUGCUGAUUAGGCAAGUGUGUGAAGGGCAGAGCUGUAAUCCCGGGAUGGAUGUCGAUUCUCUCGAUGCUUAUCUGAGUCCAGGCACUGUGUGGGGUCUGGACAGCUUUUGUAACACUUUUCCCAUCAGAGGUCUCAGUGGAGAAUGGCUCUGGAGUUGGAGCACUGGGAGCACCUGAGCUGGAUUCACAGCGUGGCUGUGAUUUGACAGAUAAGGUGUCAGUUCGGAAAACCAUUGAAGGUUCAUGGUUUGUUCUUGGCAUGUUUCUGGGACUGGUUUCACUGAACCAUCAUGGAAUUAAUGUGCCAGUUACGUGAACACCCUGUGAGGGAGGGGAGAGGAAUGAAUGCCUUUAGCUUUAGGUGUCAUUUUUGCACCAAUCUGUAACGAAGUGUCCAGACUGGCUCGAGCCUCUUGAAAAUUCCCAAACAUUGGCCAUAGCUUUGCUCUGUCCAUACCCAAUUUUGGCAUCCAGUCUCUGGGAAUUGCUGGUUGUGCUCCAGUUUGCCAGUUCCUCUUGUUGCUCUGUUCCAGAUCUCACUGAUCUGUCUUGGUUUGUGGGGAGGAUUCCUUUGAACCACGCUGGCUCUGCUCCUCUAAUCAAAGCACAGGAGGGCACUUUCACUCCUUUCUUCUGCAGAACUUGAACAAGGAAUGUGGGUUUUUUUGUUUUGUUUUUUUCUAGGAUUUUUAUAGUUCUAUUGUAAUUGUUUAAUGCAGCCAAUAUGCAAAGGAAUCUGCUAGAAUCUUCCAUUUACAUUUUCUACUACUGUAAACUCAGGGUCAAAAUUGCACUCUGGAACAGAUAGAACACUGCUGCUAAUGUGAUUUGUACUUUGGGAUUAAAAGAGAUGCAGUUGGAAAAGAUCUGGCCUCUUUGGGCUUUAUGGAAUGUGGUACCCCUGCGUGGGGCUCUGUCCAAAGGAACAGGCUGGAAUCUUUGAUUAAAUUUGAUAUGUUUAUUGGUUUGUCUGUUAUACAGAGAUGAUGGAUAUCUACUCGAGGUCUGUGAACUGAGAAUGCUCUGCAUACCUUGCACUGGGUUUGGUGUGUAUUGUAGCAGCAGGGGAAGGUUGUUCUGCUGAAAAACAGAGUCAGGAUUAAAUGUUAGUACAUA